GUUUGCCCUCGGGGCAAUAAAGGAGUGUUUAAGGGUGUGUGAAGUGUGAGCAGACAAAGCUCCUGCUUUUCCAGAGAGGAACAUGGACACGAAGAGCUCCGCUCUCAAAGAAGGCUUCCUGAUCAAGAGGGGUCAUGUGGUUCAUAACUGGAAGGCUCGCUGGUUUGUCCUGACUCCAGACAAGCUGCUGUACUUCAAGUAUGAAGGAGGGAAAAAGGACUCGAGUCAGCGAGGGAAGAUCCUGCUGAAGGACUGUGUCAUCACCUGUCCUUUCUUGGAGCACGAAAACCGGCCGCUGGUGCUGAAGCUCCACUCAAAGCCUGGCGUGGACCACUUCUUGGAGGCUUGCUCCAGAGAGGAGAGGGACGCGUGGGCGGCUGACAUCAGGGCCGCCGUGGACAGGCUGCGAGCAGCUGAGGGCGGUGAGGCGAAGCCUUCCUCUGCUGAGACGCGGCUGCAGAACGUGGAGCUCAGCAAAGUCCUGGACUCCAUGUAUGACGUCCACAGCGGCAUCAAGACGGGCAGCCAUGUGGAGCAGGGCAGCACCUACAGCAACUGCUUCUCAGGCUCCGCGGCGGUGGACUGGCUGGUGUCCGUGCAGUUUGCUCUGACCCGGGUGGAGGCCGUCACCUUGGGCUCGGCUCUGGUGGAGAUGGGUCUCCUGCAGCCCGUGGGUCUGAGGAGCGUGGAGGCGCUGCGCUCCGCCGGCCUCAGCCAGCAGCUCCAGGACGACUCCACAGCUCUGUACAGCUUUGCCGACAGCUUGAAGAAACGAGGAAGUGUGAAGGCGGAGACGUCGCUGUCUGCGAUGGAGCUGAGCGGGAAGGUGGUGAAGAGGGGAUACCUGCUGAAACAGGGACACCGACGGAAGAACUGGAAGGUUCGACUCUUCGUGCUGCGUUCAGAGCCGGCGUUCCUUCACUACUUUGACCCCUCCAGGGAGGACUGCAGCCCGGCGGGCGGCUUCCCGCUGCGGGGCUGUCUGGUGUCGUCUCUGGAGGAUAACGGCGUUCCCUCAGGUGUAAAAGGUGACGUUCAAGGAAACCUGUUCAAAAUCAUCACUCAGUCAGACGUCCGUUACUUCAUUCAGGCGCCAACUCAGCAGGAGAAGAUGGACUGGAUCGAUGCCAUCCGACAGCAAACGUAGACUUUUAAUGGAAAGAAAAGGUUUCUGUUGGUUGCUGAAGCUGGAAUUCUGCUCUUUGCACGAAUGUCCUGCAGAAACUUCACCGGCUGCAGCAUCUCUGAGCUCUUUGGACUGAAUCUUUUUGGUUUAGAAGAUUUCAUUCAACAUAAUUGAUCCAAAUCUACAGCAAAACUGGGCUGAACUGAAGUUUCUGUGACAAUUGGAAGGUUUUUAUUAACUUCUUACAAACUUUUAAAAAAGUUGACUUCCUCUGAUGCUCUGAAAAAACCUCCUUCCAGGUCUCCAGGAAAAAUCCUUUUCCUACUGUCACAUCCUGCUGUCUUCUUCAGGAUAAAUAGUUUUAGUUUUACAUUUUAAUUUAAUGUUUUUAAUUCUAUUUUCUUUUAUAUUUAAACUUUAAAAUACAAAAUAAUGCUGCUUUUAUUUAUCAAACUGUCUCCAGCAUAUUUAUCCCAUUAUUUAAUGUUUUCAAUAAGGGAAAAUAUAUUCAACACUUUGAUUUUUAACUGUUUUUAAUAAAAGUUAUUGUU